AUGCCGUUCUCUGGCUCAACCUCCGAUCCCGAACACUUUGUUGGCUCGUACGCGAGCACCAGCAGCAUCCGCGAUGCGAUCAUAUCCCACAAUCGCUCUCAGUACUACGCGAACAGUCAGCCCGGUGUACCCUCAUCAUACUCCAGUGGCUUUGCGGGACCUCUGGACGCCGAACUCGCGUUCGACGAGGAGGACGAAGACGACCUUCCGACUCCUCGCCCCGGCGAGCAUGAUACGGUCGAGGAGAUGAUGUGGGACGCCAAUCCCGCCGCUCUUCUGCAGCCACCACCUGAGACGCGCGAAAUACGCGGCCACAACUUCUCCGUGCCCACCGGGCCGCGACCAAGCGAACAUACCCCGUUGCUGCAUCAUGCAAGUGGCGACUUGCGCCGACGUGUGUCGACCGUCUCCUUGAAGCCUCGUCCUGUUGGCAGGAGUACUUUCAGACAAACGCUAUUCAAUGCCGGUGCACUCUUGUUGGGUAUUGGUAUGCUCAGUGAACCUCUGGCCUUUGCCUGUGCAGGAUGGGGCAUGGGGACCUUUUUGAUCAUUUUCUACGGAUACUUGACCUGCUACACUGCCAAGUUCCUUGGCAAGAUAGUGAUCUCUGACGCUCGCAUACGUUCGUACGCCGACAUCGGUCUGAAGGCCUUCGGUUCCAAGAGCGCUACGAUCAUCAGUGUGAUCUUCUGUCUCGAGGUAUUCACUGUCAGUGUCAUUCUGGAAACUCUCUACGCGGAUUCUCUGAAUGCUGUUAUUCCCACAUUCUCUUCGGACACGUACAAACUCGUCAGCGUGUUUGUACUGAUACCCUGCGUCUUCCUUCCGCUCUCCACCCUCAGCUAUACGUCUCUGAUGGGCAUCGUUUCAACCUUGUGCUUGACUGCGGUCAUCUUCAUAGACGGCUUGAGCAAGACAACCGCGCCUGGCAGUCUCAUUGAGCCGGCCGAGACGCAUCUUCUGUUUGCGAACUGGAAGAACCUCGGAAUGGCGUUCGGUCUGUUCAUGGCCGGCUUUGGCGCCCACGCCGCGAUGCCCUCGCUCGCAGCUGACAUGGAGGACCCUUCACGAUUCGACGAGGCGAUGAACUAUGCGUUCACGUUUACGACAGUCUUCUACGCUCUCAUCGGUGCUGCGGGGUACCUCAUGUUCGGCGACGACGUCAGUGACGAGAUCAGCCAGAACCUUCUCGGGAUACCAGGAUACAGCACAGCGCUCAACAAGAUCGUGCUGUGGAUGCUCGUCAUCGCCUCUCUGACCAAGUUCCCAUUGACGUCGAGGCCUUUCAACAUCACUCUCGAAGUCGUCCUUGGUAUCGACCCUGCGCAUCGCGGCCCGCCGCAUGAGCACGGCGCUUCUUCCAAGCAUAUCGGACAUGAAGUGACGCUCCCCACCAAGCAACGCACCAACUACGCUCUGAAGCGUUUCUUCUUCAUCACUGAGCGCGCGUGCUUCGUCCUCAUCUCAGUGGCUGUCUCCAUCCUUCUACCCGACUUCAGUGCGAUGAUGGCCAUACUUGGUUCCUUCACUGCUUUCUUACUUUGUGUUAUUGGACCCAUCGGCGCGAAACUCUCCCUCGAGGGCAGGAACGUCAAGGACAUCAUAUUCCUCGUUAUCGCCACCGCCAUGGCCGCCUGGGGCUCCUGCGUAGCCAUCAUGUCUGAAUGA